AUGGGGAUCUCACUACAAAUCCUUCAAAAAAUUUAUUCUUAUGUUCUUAUGUUUGGUCCUAUCAUUGAUGUACUUGAUGUUAUUGCUGUUAAUGCUCAUUUUGAAGAAAAGUGUAGGGCAAAGGGUUAUCUUGAAGCAUGUUUAGCAUAUGAGGUUGUCUUCAUGUUGCACUUCAUGCAAACUGUUUUAGCAAUCACAAAUGAGCUUAAUGCAUCUUUUCAAAAGAAAGAUCAAGACAUUGCAAAUGACAUGCUACUUGUUGGUGUGGAAAAGGAGCGACUGCAAGAACUAAGAGAAGAAGGUUGGGAUUCACUUAUUGAUGAGGUAUCUAAAUUUUGUAUCAAAUUAGCUGAGUUGUAUCCUGAUGAUUUUGACAAACAUUCUAGGAUUGACCUCUGUUUUCAGCUUGAGAAUUAUAUUGUUGACGUCCGAGAUCAUGAUAAAAGGUUUUUCGAUCUUAAGGGACUUGGUGAUUUUUCCAAGAAACUUGUAGAGACAAAGAAGCAUGGAACUUAUCCUCUUGUGUUCCAUCUAGUGAAAUUUGAUUUACUUCUGCCAGUUGCUACUGCUACAGUUGAAAGAGCUUUCUCUGCGAUGAAGUUGAUUAAGAUUGACUUACGAAAUCGAAUGGAUGCUGAGCUUUUGAGUGGUUGUUUGGUGCCUUAUAUAGAAAAAGAAGUAUUUAGUAAUAUUUCUAAUGAGGCUAUUAUGGACACCUUUAAAAAGAUGAAAUCUCGUCGAGGAGAAUUGUAA